GCAUGGCUGUGGAUUCCUGAGAAUUUUCCCGAGAAAAUGAUUCAUCUUCAAAUCUUGAGGAAGUCGUCCCAGGCGCAAGCGAGGAAGCAACUACCGCCGCUCCUCGCCGCCGCUUCCCGAUCAUUCUCUGAACUCUCCUCCGAACAAUCCACACGUAGCAGACCUGCAUUUGGCAUUGCGUUCGACAUCGAUGGUGUCCUCCUGCUCGGUCACUCCCCCGUCGGUGGCUCUCCACGAGCACUCAAAAGACUUUACGAUGACUCCGGUGCUUUGAGGAUUCCUUACAUUUUCUUGACAAAUGGAGGUGGUUUCCCUGAAUCCAAGAGAGCCUCUGAGUUGAAGGAACUCCUUGGUGUAAAUGUUUCUCCCUUACAGGUUCUGCAGGGCCAUUCACCUUUUAAACAGCUGGUGAACAGGUUUGAGAAUGAACUUAUUGUUGCUGUGGGAAAAGGUGAACCAGCUGCAGUUAUGUCUGAAUAUGGGUUUCAAAAUGUUCUUUCAAUAGAUGAGUAUGCAUCCUUCUUUGACAACAUUGACCCACUGGCUCCAUACAAGAAAUGGAUCAGCAAAGAGGUUGUUUGUGAGAAUAGUAGCAGCAUCAAGGGAAUGACUCAAGCAAGUAGCAUAUAUUCACAGAGAGUUCAGGCAGCAUUUAUUGUCAGUGAUUCAGUUGACUGGAGCAGAGACAUUCAGGUUCUUUGUGACAUAUUAAGAACUGGUGGUCUUCCUGGGAGGGAACUUGGACCUCAGCCAUAUCUGUAUUUUGCAAAUGAUGACCUUGAAUACCAGGUUAGUUAUGCUGUAAUAUUUAGAAAUCAGUUGCUUGUCCUGACUUUCAUGCAACCUUCAGUUUCUUUUCAAUAGUUCUUGUGCAAUCUUUUUAUACAAGUAGCAAUAAUAUACUAACGAUUAAAGGUAGGCUGCUUUUCCUACCGAACGUCUUGGGAUGGGGGCCUUCAGAAUUGCAUUGGAAUCUGUCUUCAAUAGGUAAGACCACAGGCAAAAAACUCAAGAAAUGGCCCAUUGGUUAAGUUAUGAUUAAUUGAUCUACCAAGGCUUGAAGUUUAUCCUGGCAGGAAGGUGUAGCUCUAGCAUGUGGUAAAAAUAUCUGAGUUUCCUUUGAUGUAACAUGCUCUUAUGGUGAUGUUACUUUGAUUAUGCAGAAUUCACACCAAUUCUCUGCAGUAUACAUCUUUUGGGAAGCCAAACCCAUUUGUAUUUAAGAAUGCUGAAAAUGUGUUGAAGCGGCUAGUCUCAUCUCUUCAUCCCAAUCAUAACGUGGUGGAUUCUGCAAAUUCUGGAAGUCAUGAUUUUCAAAGACUAUAUAUGAUUGGAGACAAUCCUUCAGUUGACAUCAGAGGAGCACGGCAGGCAGGCCAUCCCUGGUUUUCAAUUUUGACUAGGACGGGGGUCUUCAAGGGAAAGGAUAAUCACCCUGAGUUUCCAGCUGAUCUGGUCGUUGACACAGUGGAAGAAGCCGUAGAUUAUAUUCUGAAAAAGGAGCUCGCAUGUUGAAAUGAGCCCCCAAUUGACCCAAACUCUUCUCAUUGGCUUUAUUCUUUUCUUUUCCCCUUUAUUAAAUCGGGGAUCAGGGUGAGCAUUUUAUGUUAUACAGAAUUAUAAUAUUUCUUGAAUUAAUGUUUCGAGAUUUUCUUCUUUACCAUUGACAUUGAAUCAUUAGCGUCUCUGUUGUACAUCAUUAAUAAUGUGAUUCCAUUGAUAUUCCAAUUUUACUCUGAGAAACUCUGUGCUACACUAGUGAUUGUUUGCUAAAUUUACUAAAUGGUGUAUUAAAUUUCUAGUUUUAAC